GUACGAUAAUCUAGCAACACGUGUUCUUGUUGUUGUUGUGGCCGAGGACUCGAGGACAAGACGCUGCCAUGGCCGACGAGGAGUUUGAUGGUGACGAUGUUGGCGACGACUUUGAGGAGGUAGAGGAGGAUGAGAACCUUGAUGACCUACAAGAAGGGGAGGAUGACGAGAACAACACGGAGCUGCUGGCGGCGGGUGAGGGUCAGGCCGUGCCCACACAGAAGCGCAUCACAACGCCGUACAUGACAAAAUAUGAGCGGGCGCGGGUGUUAGGGACGAGGGCGCUGCAGAUAGCCAUGUGCGCCCCAGUCAUGGUGGAGAUCGAGGCAGAGUCCGACCCCCUCCAGAUUGCCGCCAAGGAGCUGAGAGAACGCAAGAUCCCCAUCAUCAUCCGACGUUACCUGCCGGAUGGGUCGUUUGAGGACUGGGGAAUUGACGAACUCAUCAUCAGUGACUUUUAAGGUUUAGUUUUAGUUCAGCGCCCAACCUGUGGCCGCCUAGUUUUCUCCACCCAUUAGAUCAUUGAUGUUCACCUGUAGAUUCAUCAACAUGUUGCACGUUUCUCAUAAUCUCAUUAGUCUUAAUAUCUGAUUCAUAUUCAUUGGGCUCAUAUAUGUAAAGUUGAUGGGACUGCCCGCACACCAAAUUUUUUUAAUCAUUCAUCAAGUUCUUGGGAAUAUAGUUUUCAGUGUACUCCUGAGUCCUAACUGAAAGGAAGGCAACACAAGUCUUAAAGUGAGAUAGUCAUCCAUGUUGGUCUAGAUAAGUCCUGUUCAUCCUCAUCCCCAUCAGCAGUGUGUGAAACAAGUACAAGGAAUCAUCCAUCAUGUGGCAGUUCCAACAGUGAGUUGCAAAGCUGCCUCCUGUCUUAGGUUCUCCCAUACAUACACGAGUAAUUUAUAUACAAAAAUUUUGUAGCAGCAACAUGAACAGAUUUCUUAAUUUGAAUUAUUAAAAACAUUGUUCGUGUGCAGUAAUGUUUGAUUUUAGAUGUAACAUUUUAUUCUUGUAGAGAUUCCUCCAUCUCAGAAUUAUACAAGAUGAUCAAA